GUAUGUUUGUGUGUCCAGGUUUGUGUGAAAAUGUCGGACCCAGAGACCCCUAACCAGCCUCUCCUCAACCAUCCCGCACCAGAAACGGGUGGCCGUCCCUCUCGGGCUUAUAAGGUGGCAGGUCUGACCCUGUUUGCCUGUGCACUGAUUGCGGGCCAGGCCAUGAUCGCCUACUUCCUCCUCGCCCAGAGGGGUGACAUCAGAUCUCUCAAGGAGCAGAACAACAACAUGAAGGCAGAGCUGUCCAAGGGAAGAUCUGUUGCUGUGCCUAUGCAGAUGCACGUGCCCAUGAAGGCCCUGCCUGAGCUGAUGAUUGACUCUGUGGAUGAGGAGUCUUCCACUGCAGCCCCUAUGAAGGGCACAGACUGCCAGAUGGAGGCUGCUGGUAUUAAGCCUGUGCAGGUUCCAGGUUUCCGCCCCGCCUGUGACCCACGUGGCCUCUACCAGGCCCAGCAGUGCUUCAUGGAGCACUGCUGGUGUGUGAACCCAGUCACUGGGGAAGAGGUCCCACGAUCCCUCACCAGAGGACCAGCCAGAUGCAGCAGAGCAGCUUCUUUUGCUGGUGGCCUGAGCAACAUGCUGACUCUGUCUGAUGCUGAUGUCUGAUACUGCACUGAUGGGAAUCUCCUUCAGUGACGGUUCAUCUCAUAACCAUGAAAUUUUAACAUUCUGCCAACUUAUAAUCAUAACAUUUGCAGGACUUGAUAAACUAAUAGAGUUUAAUACACUUGUCAUAAAUUACCAAAUUAAAACUUCUUGCUAUAAUCUUCUCAGUUAAUUGCAAUAAAUCUUAUAUGGGCAAAGUUUUUGCUUUUCAUGCUAUUAAUCAUCAUUAAUUAAUCUUAAAGUGUUUAAGUAAAGGCUAGUACAAGUUAAGGAUUCAUAGUACUUUGUCAUUGUUUUCCAGACAUAAAAGAGGCUGUUCAAAUUUGAUCCUAUGAUAGUUUGAUAAAAAGAACCAGUUUUUCAAUGUUGGGUAGUUUGAAAAGAGCAGUGAGCUGAUGAAAGACAGCAUUAACAAGGGGCUUAGUGUAGGCAUAAGGCAUUCAGAUAUAUAUAUUUUGCUUAUUUUGACAACAUGUAGAUGUAGGAUCACCAGGCCUUCAGAUGAAUUUAAUCAAAAAUCCUUCAUAUAAGCAGUAUGAUGGACUGGAUCAGGGAAAGAUUGUCUAAAGUUAAAAGAAUGACACUGUUAAAGCAUUGAAAUAUUCGACACAAUCAGGAACAAGUUCUCAGACAAUUCUCAAUUGUAUUUUUCCCCAUUUAUUUGAACAACCGAAAUAAACUUGUUUGAGACAGUCUGAGUGGUGUUCAUUUAUAAAAUCACAAUGGGAUUUCAAAUACUUGAAGCUGAAUACUCCUUGAUUGAUGUGAAGGAGCAAAAACCCGGGACAACAAGAUGGUUUGAUUAGCUAAUGAGAUAAAGCACCAUCAACUGACUCGUCAUAUCCAACAGCACAUCAAAAACAUUAAAAGAAUGGUAUCGCUUCAGAAAACAAGAGGAAACAUGCAGAGACAUAGUACAGGACAAUAAGAAACCAAAACCAUUAAAUAUAUAAGGGCAGCAACACAAUGAUUGUCAAUAGGCACAUGUUUUUCUGGGUUCCAGUUAACAUACAUACAGUAUUUUUUCCAGUCAAUGUGAAAAUGGAAGCUUAAACUGAAGUUACAUGUUUUCUCCCUUAUGUUUUUUGUGCAGUACCUGUAACUGUACAUGGGAUAAUGAAUGGUGCUGUCAUGAAAACAUGGAUUAAAAUAGAUUGCACAGUUGUACCUAAUAAAGUGCUCAGUGAUUGUAUACUGUAGUAUUUAAAUAUAUACACUGGUACAUUUUUUAAGACGGAGAUGUAUUGUGAAAAACAUGGCUGUGUAUUUCACAAAUGAGUAGAAACCCUAUUUGUGGGUUUAAAUCAUUAGGGGGGGG